CCACAUCCACCAACUUGCAAAGUACCCAUUGAUCUCGCUUAACUAUCUACACACCUACUCAUACCUUUGCGCAACCCGUUGUACUAUUGUCUUCGCCUAGCUACUCCGCUGCCUUUGCGACUCGUCGACGGUGGGCAUCUUGUCGCAUUGACCCUAUCUGACUGUGAUCCCGCUUUCGACCGCCAUCUGUACCUCGUGAGGAUCGGGUCCCCCUCCCUCGCAACCAUGGGCGACCCCCGGAAGUUUGAUCCUCCUGCUACCCGCAGCGCAGCAGGCAGAGGAAAGUCGCCAGAACGUGCUGCAAAUGCAUUGUCUAUCGCAUCCCCUCCGGGCUCAAGAACACCCCCUAGUAUGCCAUCGAAGAAGACCUUCUUCUAUCCCGAUUCGCAAGGGAGACCACCAAAGAGUCGAAAUACCUCAGAGCCGAUUGAUCCCGAUGCGCUUGCGAAGGCCUUGAAGGACUACGAGGAUGCUGGGCGUCCUCGCGAGAGAACACCUGGAACUAGCCCAAGUCGGAAGCGACAACGAGUAUACGGCGACCGAUUUAUUCCCAACCGCGAAGGGCAAGACCUCCAGGCAACCUACAGCCUCCUUCAUGAGGAAGGAUGUCCCUCCACCCCUUCUAAAUCCAAGAAGCGCACUCCUCAUUCCGAGCUGCAUUUCCAAAAGACGGAAGAAGCGAACAGAAUGUACUCGCGGGUCCUGCGGAGUGAGCUCUUCGGAAACACUGUCCCCCAGGCUGAUCUAGACUCUUUAUCACCCGAUCCGCUGUUGGGGUUUGCGAACGGAAUCAAUGACAAGACUCGCUCCCAUACGCCUCCGUCACAUGUCGUAUCGAACCUCCCUCCAGCCAGUAUAACACCGUCCACUCCCCAUAAAAACCUCUUCAACUACGCUUCCUCCCGCGCUGGAUCUGGUCAUCCGACGCCUUCCAAGACUCCUCGAAGUCAACAUGGUCCCAACCUGAACGUUCGAUCAGAGCUCUACAGCCUUUCCCCGAUUCGAUAUGACAGCCAGCGUAUAUUAGAAACACCCCGCAAACAACCUCGCUACGUUAAUAAAGUGCCUUACAAAGUGCUUGAUGCGCCCGAUCUACAAGAUGACUUUUAUCUGAAUCUGGUGGAUUGGGGGAGUAGUAAUGUUCUGGGAGUUGGUCUGGGUAAUUCGGUCUACAUGUGGAAUUCGCAAACCGGAAGGGUAACAAAACUGUGUGAGCUCAAAGAUGACACUGUCACGAGUGUGAGCUGGAUUCAGCGGGGAACCCAUCUUUCGAUCGGGACUGGCAAAGGGCUCGUCCAAAUCUGGGACGCAGAGCGAUGUCGCCGUCUAAGAACGAUGAUUGGACACACUAACCGGGUUGGAGCUCUAGCCUGGAACGACCAUAUCCUUACCUCGGGCUCACGAGAUCGCCUGAUCUUCCAUCGAGAUGUCCGUUCGCCGGAUCAAUAUUUGCGUCGCUUAUCCGGCCACAAGCAAGAAGUCUGCGGUCUCCGAUGGAACACGGAAGAUGGCCAACUAGCAUCUGGCGGUAACGACAAUAAAUUACUGGUCUGGGACAAGUUGAACGAAACUCCUCUCUAUCGCUUUUCCGACCAUACGGCUGCCGUGAAGGCCAUCGCAUGGUCACCCCACCAGCACCAUCUCCUAGCAUCGGGCGGUGGGACGGCGGACCGAACCAUCAAAUUCUGGAACACGUCAACAGGAUCUUUGAUUAAGGAGGUCGAUACGGGCAGUCAAGUUUGCAACCUGGCGUGGUCAAAAAACUCAGAUGAGAUUAUCAGCACGCACGGAUACAGCCAGAACCAGAUCGUAAUCUGGAAAUACCCUCGCAUGGAGCAGAUUGUCUCAUUGACUGGACAUACUUUCCGUGUACUGUACCUGGCUAUGAGUCCGGAUGGUCAAACUGUCGUCACUGGUGCUGGCGAUGAGACCUUGCGGUUCUGGAAAAUUUUCAACAAAAGACCAGGCAGAGAGCACGGCCGUGAAGGCAGUAAGUUAGCCGAAUGGGGGACUAUUCGGUGACGGCCUCGGAUUCUCUUCUCGUCUUCAAAGCUUUCUGCUCGACUACUUAUUAGCAGUUUCCGAUAUGCAUUAGAUCUGGCGUUUCAGGGUGUUGGCGUUCUUCCGAUUCUGGGCA